AUGUCGGUCGAGCGCCAACACCACGAGUCCUCCAGCAGCGACUCCGUUGCUGCGCCGAUUCCCACGGAAAAAAACGCGGUCGAGGUCGAGCCAUCUCCCCCGCAAGACGAACACGAUGUGACGCCCACCCCAGAAGAAAAAGAUACCGAAAAUGCGAUCGAGAAGAAGGAGUCUGGCUCCCCCUUGGACCGGACCCCGUCACAGGCAGCCAAGAUGGGCAAGAAGAAGAUCGCUGUCGUUAUGACUGCACUUUGCUUGGCCUUGUUCCUUGCUGCCCUGGAUAUGACCAUUAUCUCAACCGCUCUUCCUACAAUUGCCGCUGGCUUCGGUGCCUCGGAAAGUGGAUACUCCUGGAUCGCCUCUUCCUACCUUCUUGCCAACGCCGCUUGUAUUCCGCUCUGGGGAAAGAUUAGUGAUAUUUGGGGUCGGAAGCACAUCAUCUUGCUCGCCAAUGUGUUUUUCUUGGUCGGUAGUUUGAUCUGCGCUCUGGCAAAGAAUAUGGCUAUGAUUAUCUCUGGUCGUGCGAUUCAGGGUGUUGGUGGUGGUGGUAUUAUCAUCUUGGCCAAUAUCAGCGUGUCGGAUCUUUUCAGCUUGAGAGAUCGACCGAUGUACUACGGUCUUUUUGGUGCCACCUGGGCUAUUGCGAGUGCUCUGGGUCCCAUCAUCGGUGGUGCUUUCACUACCAGUGUUACGUGGCGAUGGUGCUUCUGGUUGAACUUGCCUGUUGGUGGUGUCUCAUUGGUUAUCCUCUUCUUCUUCCUGCACAUCGAAUCUCCCAAGACGAACUUUUUGCAAGGCUUGCGCAACAUCGAUUGGGCUGGUACUUUCCUGAUCAUCGGCGGCACCCUCAUGUUCCUCUUCGGUCUCGAAUUCGGAGGCGUCAGCUACCCCUGGGCUUCUCCCACAGUCAUUUGCCUGAUCGUCUUUGGAAUCGUUGUUUGGGCCCUGGCCAUGCUGUCAGAGUGGAAGCUGGCCAAGUACCCAGUUAUCCCGCCUCGCCUAUUCAAGGAAUGGUAUAAUGUGCUAAUCUUGUUGAUUUGCUUCUGCCACGGAUUCGUUUUCAUUGCCAGCACCUACUACCUCCCACUCUACUUCCAGACCGUGCUUCUCGCAUCCCCAAUCCUGAGCGGUGUUUACGUUCUGCCCAUGGUCCUGUCGCUCUCCGUCGUCUCCGCCGUGACCGGCAUCGUCAUGAAGAAGACCGGCCGCUACCGCGAGAUGAUUGUGGGAGGUCUUUUCUUCAUGGUUAUCGGCUACGGCCUCUUCAUCGACCUGAAGGCCUACGCCUCCUGGCCCCGCAUCAUCAUCUACCAAUUAAUCGCUGGUGUCGGUAUCGGUCCUAACUUCCAAGCCCCACUGGUUGCAUUCCAGGCCAACAUCCGGCCCUCAGAUAUGGCAACCGCCACAGCUACCUUCGGCUUCAUUCGCCAAUUAUCCACCUCCAUGUCCGUCGUUCUCGGCACGGUAAUUUACCAAAACAUCAUGGGUCAACAAUCCGAUAAGCUUGUUGCGGCUAUCGGCCCCGAGUUGACUGCCUCCAUCUCCGGCUCUUUCGCUGGCUCUUCCAAGUCUCUUAUUCAGUCACUCACCGAAUCCCAACGCCAUGUCGUUCUGGAAGCUUAUACCCUUGCUCUGAACCGCAUGUGGAUCUUCUACACUUGCAUUGCGGCCGUUGGCUUCAUCUUGUCUUGUUUCAUCGUUCCCCGUGAACUGAGCAAGUCUCACACUAUCCAGAAGACAGGUCUUCAGGAACAAGAACGUGCUCGCAAGGAGCGUCUCGAGGAGGAGCGCAAGGCUGAGGGUAAAUCUGAAGUUGAAGUUUGA